AUGUCGGUGAACGACCUACCCCCCUCUGCGGACCCAACGAUAUCCCAUACCAAUCAGCCAUAUGCAUCCGACCUCGAAGCUCUCGAUAAUCGAUUAAAACGCCUAUCAGAGGACGUAUUUCCUCUUCACCCUUAUCUUCUCACUCUACCGACGAACGCCCCAUUUCGUCUGAGCUCCCGUUCCGCGAACAAUUGGGCCGUUGGACAUGACCGGCCGUUCUCCUCGGACGAACAACAGCUUCAGUAUAUGACCUUCUUGACACACGACAGCGGGGAUUCUUUGCUCUUGGCUGUUGGCGAUUGGUCGGACGAGUCUGGACGCAUGAUGGCCGAUCGACCUAGAACCACAAGCACAACCGCUACCGAGAACCCCAGAGACGCAGUCUCCAAGAAGAAAAUCAGCCUGAAAGAUUAUAAUACUCAGAAAGUCACUAGCACCUCCGUCGCUACACCUACACCUCCACCGCCGGAAAAUCACAUUCGAGAGCGCUCAGCACACGCGAACAAACGCGAAGGAGGAGCUAAAGCGCGUGCGACAACUCCAACUCCGGACCUCACGAUCUCGAACGACAAGCUUGAAACACGAUCAAUUCCUACCAAAUCACAAUCGCAACAACGAUCACUAUCACCCACCAAAGAUUCACAUUCUUCCAAGAAACGGCCUUCGGCGUCAUACGCAGAUCUCAACUCACACUCACACUCACAACCACCAAAAGGCUCGGACAUAAUGCACUCUCCCAAAAAGCCGCGACUCUCCCCCGAGAAGGACCAGCGCAUUGAAAGCCAACCAGCGAAGUCGUCGCGCUCUCCACGACUUCCUGCACUUUUAUCACCUACACUGCCACCUACCGCUGGUCCAAGACUCCCCCGGUUACUGUCUCCAACCUUGCCGCCAGACAUUGAGAAGGAGCUGGCUAAGAUCGGCGGGCACUCUCCUGUCCACCAUACUUCCCCGAAACGCGAAAAUGCCGCGAUUAGGACGAAACGCAAUGAUGAGCUUCACCAAACCAGGACCCCGACAUCGACAUCCGUGAACAGCGGCAGCAAUUCGAGUCAGCAAGGCGGAAGCGGUCGUGCGGGUACAUCAUCCAAAGACAAAGACUCGCUUGUGCCAAAUCCACCAAGGCGCAUCGUUUCUCUCAAGUAUGGAAAGUCAAACCGAAAGAGGGUCGAGGCUCUUCUGAAGUUCGCCGGGAAAAAGAAAGCAUAUCCGACGAAUUCUACACCUGGUGCGGACACGGAUCCUGAUGAUGUCUCUCACUCUCACGUCGAGAGGAGGAGAGAAGGGGACGUCAGCCAAUCACGCAAUAGUGUCGCAUCCAAAAAGAUCAAGAGUAAAGCUAGGCAUGAAGCCGACGAGACCCUCGGCUCUGGCACUGUGGGUGGUCGAGCCCGAGAUCGAGAAUCCAGGACGUCCAUCGAUAAACCUACCACGCCAGCAUUCCAUCCACCUGCUCACGACAGAACCAAACCAAACACACUGACACCAGUCAAGGACCUCAAGAACAUGGUGUCCCGCCAUGGUGAACCUGGCGAUGGCGAUGGCAAAACACCAAUCAAUCCGACAAACAAACGAUACUCCACCGAUCUGGGAGCAAAGGGGUCACCUUCUCAGCCAGAAAGUCGAUCUCGCGACAGCGACCGUCGAGCCUGGCGAGACGAGUUCCAAAAAUUCAGCAGCAUCGGUCGAGAAUUGAAGCAUGCCUCCGAGCGCUACACAGCUAUGACUGGGCCUUCAAUCGCAGAUGAGAAAUUGUCCGUCGUGACCGCCAUCGAAGCAAUCUUGUCCUUCAUUCUCGCAUUCGUCUCUGAUAACCAGUGCAAGUCGCUCGCGCGACAAGUCGGCGAUUCCUCUUCGUGGGUGUCUAUUCUCGCUUACUGGCGAGUCGUUCGGAAAAAGAGCGGUCCAUAUCCGGUAUUACAUGGGCUCUCCCUACUUCUCGGGGCUGUCUCUUACGACGCUAUACAUGCAUUGGAUCUUGAACGCCUUGCCGUCAGCCCAUUGCCAGGAGAACAUACCCCGGCCCCUACACCUGGCGCUGGCGGCGGCGAUGGUAGUCAUCACCCUACCCCAGCUUCGUCAGACGACUACAAGAAAGCAUGGGAAAAAAUCUCCGAACUGAGAAAUCGUCUUCCAGAGUGUUAUCGGGAAUCCCAAAGGUUAUGGCUGGAAGGAUCCAGAGGUCUCUCUGAAGAUAUUCUUAGCCAAGAGUUUCCCAAUACGUGGUCACGGCGCUCUCAUAACUUUGCUGAACGAGGCAGGAUACCUCUACGAGCUGGUGAAUAUGCCGGUGAUUAUUUCCUUCCUCUUGGGGGAACUACUCAGCCCAUUGAGAUUGUGCGGUUUAGUUGGUCGAUUCUUCAUGAGUGGUGCGAGCAGGAGGGUAUUGAUUGGAACGAACGACUCGUUCUUUGA